AUGCCACCAAAUUUCUUUUACUCGACAGCAAGGCUGACAAAUGACUUCAAUUCAAGAUAUUCCGUCCAGUGGGGAGAUCAAAAUAACAUUGGUAGGACUAUUAACAACAGGGUUACAGUACCAAAUGUUUUGACGAACGACCAAGUUUCAUAUAGUUCCGAACGAUCAAGUUCCCAAGUUCCUAAUAAACAACAUGAAAACAAUAUAGAUCAAGCCAAAAGUGUAAAAGAACAAACGAAUAACAUCGAAGAAUAUGAGGAAGAGUGGGUAUAUGAGGAUGUUUCUUCUGAGCCAGUUGAUGAUGAGGAGGUUAAAACGGAAGAAGUGCCAAACAUUCUCACAACGCCAACCUCUUCCGUUGAGGCAUUGAUAGAUGGAAUUGAAGGAGUUCAUCAGAAAAAUAAAAAGAGUGAUCAUAUUGUAUGUUAA